AUGGCCGUGGCCAGCCAGUACGAUAACGAUCUUGUUAUGCUGUUCGGCAAAGGGGAUGGAAGCUUUCAAACUCAAAUGAAUUAUACGGUUGGUAGGUAUCCACGUUCUGUAAUAUCAGGCGAUUUCAACAAUGAUAACAAACUGGAUCUGGCAGUGGCCAACUCGGGCGACAAUACCAUCAGUGUGCUGCUUGGUAAAGGGGAUGGAACCUUUCAGACUCAAAUGAACUAUAUGGUUGGUAUGUAUCCAAAUUUUGUAAUAUCAGGCGAUUUCAACAAUGAUCACAAACCCGAUCUAGCAGCGGCCAACUCGGGCGACAAUACCAUCAGUGUGCUGCUUGGCAAAGGGGAUGGAACCUUUCAGACUCAAAUCAACUAUACGGUUGGUAUGUAUCCAAAUUCUGCAAUAUCAGGCGAUUUCAACAAUGACCACAAACCGGAUCUGGCAGCGGCCAACUACGCCGACUAUACCGUCAGUGUGCUGCUUGGCAAAGGGGAUGGAACCUUUCAGACUCAAAUGAACUAUACGGUUGGUAGCUUGCCAUGUUCUGUAAUAUCAGGCGAUUUCAACAAUGACCACAAACCGGAUCUGGCAGCGGUCAGCUCCGUCGGCGAUACCGUCAGUGUGCUGCUUGGCAACGGGGAUGGAACCUUUCAGACUCAAAUGUACUAUAGGGUUGGUAGCAAUCCAUUUUCUGUAAUAUCAGGUGAUUUCAACAACGAUGACAAACUCGAUUUGGUAGUGGCCAAUUACCACGACUUUAGCGUCAGUGUGCUGCUUGGCCAAGGGAAUGGAAGCUUUCAGACUGAAGUGAAGUAUGCCCUUGGUAGCUUUCCAUUUUCUGUAAUAUCAGGUGAUUUCAACAAUGAUGACAGACUGGAUCUGGCAGCAGCCAACUCGGGCGACAAUACCGUCAGUGUGCUGCUUGGCAAAGGAGAUGGAAGUUUUCUGUCUCAGUAUAUCUAUGCAGUUGGUAGCAAUCCAUAUUCUGUAAUAUCUGGUGAUUUCAACAAUGAUAACAAACUGGAUCUGGCAGCGGCCAACUCGGUCGACAAUACCGUCAGUGUGCUGCUUGGCAAAGGUGAUGGAACCUUUCAGACUCAAAUGAACUAUACGGUUGGUAUCAAUCCAUAUUCUGUAAUAUCUGGUGAUUUCAACAAUGAUGACAGACUGGAUCUGGCAGCGGCCAACUCGGUCGACAAUACCGUCAGUGUGCUGCUUGGCCAAGGUGAUGGAACCUUUCAGACUCAAAUGAACUACACGGUUGGUGGGUAUCCAAGUUCUGUAAUAUCAGGCGAUUUCAACAAUGAUAACAAACUGGAUCUGGCAGUGGCCAACUCGGGCGACAAUACCAUCAGUGUGCUGCUUGGUAAAGGGGAUGGAACCUUUCAGACUCAAAUCAACUAUACGGUUGGUAUGUAUCCAAAUUCUGUAAUAUCAGGCGAUUUCAACAAUGAUCACAAACUGGAUCUGGCAGUGGUCAACAGCGAUUCUGCGGACUUGUCUGUUCUUUUGAACAUCUGCAACUAA